AUGAAGGCUGGUAAAGAAAGGCAACAAAAUCAGUUGGAUCAAAACAACAGGAAUUUGAAUUCUAAUCCUAACAACAGCAAAAGUAUAAAAGGAGGCAAUGUUGAUGGAAAUAACACUGUGGACAAUGGAGAAAAAUCUCAGAAAGAAAAUGGAGAAACUAAUGUCACUCCUAUAUUCACUCAGAAUGAUCAGAACACUAAGGAUUUCAUACAACAAGAUAGGCAUGAAAGCAAGUUGGAGGAGCAAAGUGGUUCUUUCCGUCCUCCUAGAUUUGAAAAUAAAAAAGACCAGCAGAAUUUAAAUGAGAAUGACACUGAUAGACAUGAGAAUAGCUUAGAUGAAGUUGACAAUGAACCUGCAGAAGAAGAUGAAAUUGCAAUUAGCCUGAUAGAAGCUUUUUCUCCUAAGGAUCAUGACCAGGAGGAAAUCAUCAAGCUCAAGAAAUAUGUGGAAGAUUCUUUAGGAUUGUCACCAAGAGGAAAAUCAUCAGAGACACAAAAGAAGAUUCAGCAGAAACCUUCUUCCCCUCCUAUCACUAGAGGGAGAGGAAACAAAAAACUCUAA